CUUUGAGAUAGACGUUUUUUAUUAUUGUCCACAAAUAGGGUCCAUUUGGAAUCAUUUCAGACCAUUCAUGUAAGCUUCUGAUCUUUAAGGAAUCGAUGAAAUUUGUGGAAAGUCUAGUCAUCAUCAAUUCAGACAUGCCAGAAUUUAAGAUCUUGCGAGCAAUUAUCUAAUAAUGACGUGACUAGACAGAGAAGGCUACUGACCAAUCUCCUUGUGUGUUUGCCGGUUGAAGACCGGUACUGCAAAUGAUUCUCUUUAGUACUACAACCCUUCUUAUAUUAACUCAUAAUUUCUCCCAGAAUGAUUUGUGCCCUUUCAUAAUUUCGUCCUAAUCCCCAUUUUACCUUGGAAGAAUUGUUUGUAGUACACUUCUUUUUUUUUUUUUUUUUCUAGUGGCCAAACAUGGAAGGAGGUCACAUGCACGGAAUGGGUGGCGCAGCGGCGGCGACACCACCUUCGUCAGCCAUGAACGGAACCUCAGGGAUGGGAAUGAAUCAUCACCACAUGAUGAUGCACAUGACUUUCUUUUGGGGCAAAAACUCCGAGAUCCUUUUCUCGGGCUGGCCCGGAACACGCGCGGGAAUGUAUGCAGCAGCCUUGCUCCUCGUCUUUGUGAUUGCUUUCCUGAUCGAGUGGCUCUCGCAUAGCCGGUGCAUCCGGCCGGACUCCAACAACGUCGUGGCAGGCCUUGCGCAGACGCUGUUGUAUGGUCUUCGUGUGGGUCUCGCUUACCUGGUGAUGCUAGCCGUCAUGUCGUUCAACGGCGGCGUUUUUCUGGUGGCUGUCGCCGGCCAUACUUUAGGAUUUUUCCUUUUCGGAAGUAGGGUUUUUAAGAAGGAAACCCUGCCCAAUGAGAAAUCCUCUGAUCUUCCUCCCAUGAGUUGCUAAUAAUUCAGAAACUUGGAUUAAUUACUACUUUCUUUUAAUCGAAUUAUUAUUUAUGCUCUUACAUAAAUAUAUCUGUUAGUUCAAUCAUUUUGAGUGAUGAAAUUGAUGGUUUUCCGCCUGCAAGGUAAAAGACCAUUGAUGUCCUUGUGAAUUACUGUAUUGUUUAUGCUCCUUAGAAAUAUACAGUUAGUUCAAUAAUUUUAAGUACUCGUUUUUUGUCAAUCAUAAAUAUACAAAUAGUGUAUUG